UACAAAUGCAUUGUACUAUCAUAUAAAAUAAGUAAAAUAACUGAUUAUCAGCAUGCACAUAUAUCCUCUGGGAAACCUUUUGAAUACCUUAAACAGCUUUAGUUUUAAAGAUGUAGAAAGCUGUGGUGACCCAUUCAUGACUCAACCACCACCUUCUAUAUGGUUCAACUCAAGGUGUGUUUAUUUAACCUUCAACAUCUCAUUGAGCAGAUGCCCAGGUUCCCCAAACCUGUUCUAAUGAGUUAAUUUUAGUUGAAGGGGUGGAGUUAGUGAUAUAACAAACAGAUGUAAAGCUCUAUAAAUACUGAACUCCGUCAAUGUUCUUUACCUUCAACGCAAGUUUCACACUUGAGACCAAACAGGUAAGAUGCUCAGCAUUUGAAUCUCAACUAUCCAACUCUUAAAGCCAAAUUUCUUGUUUUUCUUAUUAAAUAUGACUCUUUUUCAGGUUUAAACUAAGAGAAUGCAGGCUCUUCAGAUUUUGUUUCUGACUCUGCUGUCUGUGCUGGCGGUCAGUGCUCAGUCCAUCGGCUCUGGGAAAUGUCCACAGCCCCCAGUUCAGCAAAACUUCGAUCCUACUAGGUACACGGGCAGAUGGUAUGAGAUCAUGAAGUUUCCAACCCCGUUCCAGUUGGGAGAGUGUUGCCAGGCCACUUACACUCUGAGUGAUGGUAUUGUCCUGGUUCGAAAUGAUGAGCUUCUUGCUAAUGGCACUGUCAGCUUCAUUGAGGGAACUGCCAAGAUUGUAGAUGCAUCAGAGCCUGCCAAACUUGAAGUCAGCUUCUUUGAAGAUGCUCCUCCUGCCCCCUACUGGGUUCUGGCGACUGAUUAUGACAACUACACCCUGGUUUACUCUUGCACUGAUUUCGACAAUCUCUUUCACGCUGAGUAUUCCUGGAUCAUGAGCAGGACCCGCACACUUUCUAAAGAGACCGUCUCUGAGCUGUUAGCCAUCCUCACAUCCCAUGGCAUCGGUACUGAUGGUUUUACUGAGACCGACCAGAGACCGGAGCUGUGCAGCGUCAUGCCUUAAUAGAGUUGUCUCAUAUAAUGAACGACUGAGAGAUGUGUUGUGGUCUAGUUAUGUUUUUUAAGAACAACAUAAAUUUAAGCUCUUUACAUUCCUUCAACAUACUUUCUCAGUCAGUGGUCUGAGGCAUAAGAAUGUAUAUUUUCAAAAUAAAGUUGACAGUAUUGAAUCGUAGGUCGCUAUGUAAU